AUAAUUUUUUAUGAAAACUAGUGCUUAUCUCAAAACAUCUAAGGAUACACUUUCUCAAGAAUGAGAUGCUCUAUCUUCCAGUGAUUUCGAUGAAUGCAGCACUUCUGUGCAAUCAGUCAGAAUUUCGGAGAGAUCUGAAAACAUUCUCAUAUUUAAUAAAGGGAAGAGAAAAGACUUAAGAAGAGCUUUCACUUUUAAAGAAUCAUAUAACUCAAACAACAAAAAUUUGCAAGUCCUAAAUGGAGGCCAAAAUAAAGCGAAAUUAGAUCAAUUUAAAAUAAAACCACUAAAGAAGUCUGGGGAAGACAGUAAACUUUCUUCAUGCCGCCUUGAAGAUCCAACCUACAAAAAUACUACCUUUAUUAGCCGAACUGAAUUUAGCAAAAUACUCAAGAUAAUUAAUAAAGGAUGGACGAGCUUUCCUCAAUUCCUUCAUUUCAACAAUAACAUGCCAUAUGCUAGAUCAGAUUUAAGGAAGAUUCCGUCAGAGAUGAUUUUAACAAGUCUCUUGAAGCCUGCCCAAGAGUCUACAGUCAGAGAUAACUAAUUUCAAUAAAUAAACUUUACUUUAAAUCUUUAUUUUCUCCAUUUCUGCAUAGAAAAUUGUUUCUUUGGGAACUUUAUUAAGUUAAGUUGGGAGAUGUCUUUUCCAAAAUAAACAGUACAUCAGAAUUGAUGAACUUUAUUA